AUGGAUGAGAAAAAGAGCUUUUCCAACUAUUCCGAAGAUAUACAGGCCAAAUUAGAUAAAAAAUUGGGGCCGGAAUAUAUCUCAAAGAGGGUUGGUUUUGGGGCUAGUAGAGUUGCUUAUAUCGAGGGCUGGAAAGCUAUCAAUUUAGCCAAUCAAAUUUUUGGAUACAAUGGCUGGAGCACCGAGGUCAAAAGUGUUCUAAUAGACUUCAUGGAUGAACGGCAGGGCAAAUUCAGCAUAGGUUGCACGGCGAUUAUUCGCGUCACACUGACGGACGGAACGUUUAGAGAGGAUAUUGGGUAUGGAACGGUUGAGAAUGAGCGCCGCAAAUCAUCAGCGUUUGAGCGGGCAAAAAAAUCGGCCGUGACGGACGCUUUAAAGCGCAGCCUCCGCGCCUUUGGAAACGCAUUAGGGAAUUGUUUAUAUGACAAGGAUUUCUUGGCUAAAAUUGACAAAGUGAAAUUUGAUCCUCCAGACUUCGAUGAGAGCAGUUUGUAUCGAGCAGCAGACGAAGGUCAUGAGCCAGUGAAAAGUGUGACUGCUGAAUUCGAUUCUGAGAUGGCACCAAACAAGCGCCGACACCCUGACGGAAUGCCACAGGAGGCACCCCGAAAUGAGACACGGGACGUUUCUGGUCAAGUGCAAACUUCCAGUAACUAUGAACCCCCCAGAUCUGCUCAGCAUUACUCUGCUGUCACCCACCAUCAACAAGAUUCUGAUGAAUUGCUGGACGAUUCCUUCAUGUUUAGUGAUGAGUUGCAAGACGAAGACGUUGAUAGGGCUAUGGCAGAAGCUCCGGCCGGUGCAGCUCGGACUUUUACCGCAACCGUAAAUGCCUCGCAUGGGCCAACAAGGCAAGCUGCUGCUGCUGAUGCUGUUAUGGAGGCUUCUGCUCCUCCAGGCCCUAACGCGGAUGUCCCAAUAACAUUUGUGACAGCUAAAGCUGCACCAAAUCUUCAAAAUAGAGCACCAGUGCCUCCCAGCGCCGUAUUUGAUCCGAAAUUUAAGCCGGCCUCUAUACAGCAUACCGUUGAUCAAACGACUUCAACGCCAAUAAGAGCUACAGAUUACAAGGUGAGAAGAGCUAAUAUGAAAACCUCCGUCUACGAGAAAUUUGCUGCAAAAGGUAGGUCUCUGGAACCAAAUGACACCCCUAAUGAGCUCGUUAAAACCGGGCCCAGACCUAUAAAUGAAGCUAAAAUUACUAACCCAGAGCCUCAGGUUCCAAGAGAAAAAUCACAGCCUCCUAUUGUGCAACCUCAUCAACCAUCACCAACUCCGCUGGCGACACCUAAUGCUAUUAAGAUGGUAGGUAGGCCGAAAACGAUGCUCCCAAAUCUAAAAAGGCCUAUUUAG